AUGCAACUCUGCCGACAUAAGCUCAACACUCAAAUGUUCAAAACUAUUCCCAUCACCCUUCGAAAUAACAAGCCUCUCUCUUUCUUCAGAGUCUUGUCGUCGCUGAAAAAGUUAGCUUCGUACGUUAAUUCACCAUCCUAUCUCGGCGAUGCCCUAGCGGUAGACGGAUCCAUAGAAACCGUUCCUUUGGUUUUUGACAAGCAUAGUCCAAAAAAAACUUCUCUGGAGGCCAAGGCGCCACUAUUGAUCUUACAUGGGUUGUUUGGAUCCAAGUCCAACACUAGAACCGUGGCGAAGCAACUAGCUACAAAACUCACUCGUGACAUCUACUGUCUCGACUUACGAAACUUUGGCGAUUCUCCCCACCAUCCACGAUUGGACUAUCCUGCGUUGGCGGCAGACGUGGAAAAGUUUGUGGAGGAUGCCAAGUUUGAAAAAAAACCAAUUCUUGUGGGCCAUUCAAUGGGUGCAAAAACUGCCAUGGCUGUCGCACUUCGAAGACCCGAGCUUCCAGGAAUGGUGGUUUCGGUCGACAAUGCUCCCAUAGAUCUCUCUACGGGAUCUACCUCUGCGUUCUCCAAGUACGUGAAACUGCUCAGAACGUCCCUUGAACAUCACAAGUAUACCAAUAUCAAGGACGUCGAUAGAGACUUAGCAGCAGUUGAGCCCAGAAAAGAAGUCCGACAAUUUUUAUUGACCAACCUCAACCGAGGCAAAACGGAAGAAGUUAUAACUUCUAGGAUUCCUCUUGAUAUAAUUGGAGAUGCAAUUGUGGCUGGUAAGAUAGCAUCAUGGCCCUAUGACUGCAAUGUGUCUCGGUGGACCCGAGGCCCUGCUCUUUUUAUUCGAGGCACCGAAUCAGCAUAUAUUCCUGACGAGCUGAUACCAGAUAUAGGUCGAUACUUUCCUGAUUUCCAGGUUAGAGACAUCAAAUCGGGACACUGGGUGAUCAGCGAGAAACCCAACGAAUUCAUAGAGGUGUUGGUGGACUUUAUAGAGAAAGAAGAGGACAAUUGA